UAUCGUUUCGUAAACUUCUAACACACCACAAAAAUCUCGCGGGAGUGGGGGAGGAUAUCUGUGUUUAUUUUCUUUAACAGCCACAGAUGGUUUCAGUGGCUGUGAGACUGACUGGCACGCAGAACGGCUGUCGGGGAUGAAGCUGCUGCUUUGGGGGAAAAGUUGCAUUUAUUGCACGCAUAGCUGGGGCACGAGACAUAAGCUCUCAUGAUGUUAAUGCAAAUAGUUAUGUUUGCUAUUUUGGUUUUGAGCGUCAGUCCCGGAGAAGGUUUCCCCAAUUACAAAGAUGACUACAUGGACGAGGACUUGGCCACCUUCGACUAUUACAAAGGGACGGAUGAGUUUGAUGAGGGGAACAGGACGCAAGAGUGUGAGGAGUGUGUCCCGGAGCUGUGCCCGCUGGCGCAGGGCUGUAGAGCGGGGCUGGUGCAGGACAGUUGCGACUGCUGCUCUCAAUGCGCCAACCUGGAGGGACAGACCUGUGAUCUCGGCCAGAGAAAUCUCUAUUAUGGAUUGUGUGGAAAGGACAUGGAGUGCAAACUGGACAGGUCAGAUGGAGCGGACGGCGAGGAGCCAGAAGCGCAGUGUGUGUGUUCGUCUCAGAAACCUCUGUGUGGCUCAGACGGACAGACCUAUAUGAAUCUCUGCAAAUACAAAGAAGCUUCUUAUUCAAAGCCUGGACUCAAUGCGAGCGACGGGCCGUGCAGGACAGCCCCCGUCAUCAAAGUGCCGCCGCAUAAUCUGGUAAAUGUAACGGGCAGCAGUAUAGCAUUUCUCUGCGAGGUGUUUGCAUUUCCAAUGGCGCUAGUGGAAUGGAAGAAAGAUGGAAAAGAGGUCAUUUUACCGGGCGAUGAUCCCCACAUAUCUGUUCAGUCACGAGGUGGCCCUCAAAAGUAUGAACUUUCCAGUUGGCUGCAGAUUGAAGAGUCCAGUCAGAUGGAUUCUGGCACAUACAGGUGCAUUGCUCGAAAUGAGCUUGGCCACAUCUCAGCCACAGCAAUUUUAGGAGUCCUGCCACCAGAUGAGAUGUCUGCCUAUUUGGAACAAAACAUGAAUGAAAUGAUGGGCUAUGACCAAUUACAGGACUAUGACAGGGAUUAUUACUAAACUUCCAAGACCCUCAAGGAAAACAAUGUUUUUCACUUAUAGACAUUAAAUUUGAGACAUGGCAAGAAGACACUCAGGCAUUGACUGCAAAAAAGUAAUAAACCAGUAA